CCCCUAAAAUGAAAUCGGACGACAGUGUUUGGAGCGGCAAGAACGACGGCAAGGUGGUGAGCACCCAACCGCCGCGAGUGAUGACCGACGAGCGAAAUGGUUGUGGGCCUAUGACCGGUUACAUUGGCAGGAUAACAAACGACGCAAUGGAAGACGAGAUGGAGGAGUGUAUGGUGCAAGUGAACACGAACAUCGGCAAUCUGCGGAACAUGGCUCUGGACAUCAGCUCUGAGCUCGAUAACCAGAACAACCAACUUAAGCGAAUGGAGAAUAAGGCUGAUUCGAAUGUGGAGGAGUUGAAGAUAGCCAACGAGAGAGCGCACAAACUAAUGAAGAAUUAAGCACUGCCUACAUAUAUGCAUCUAUUGA